AUGUCGGACGCCUCGACCAGCGACCAGAAGCUCUCCGUCGCCGCCUUUCUCAAGGUUCUCACCGACCAUGGCAUGCCAGUCCCAAGGGCGAUGGCUGCCGCGGGCAAGAUACUGAAGAAAUGGAACACCCGUGCGGACUUGGGCAUGCUGACGAACUCUAUGCUUGCGUUUGCGGGCGUGGACGACAAGAAGGACCGGAGGAUGGUCCUUGAGGCGCUGAAGAAGGCGGGGAUCAAGGAGACUGCGCCGAAGAGGAAGCCUGUUGGGAGCAGCAGUACCAGUGAGUCCGCCGGCCCGUCCUCGUCUGCCUCGGUGGCUCCCCCGCCGAGAAAGAGACGGAGGAAGGAUGAAGAAGGCAACGAGUUCCUGCCGGGCAAGCCUGCGGACGAACUCGAAGGAGCAUCGUUCGGCAGUCUGGAGUUCAAGGAAAUAAUAGAUGAAGAGGCAAGCUCGGGUCGCUUCAUCAUCCUUUUGCUGCGGACAAAGUCAACCGUGAUCAACCGCGCUCCGAUUAUGAUGGCCUGGGCCACCGUAGUCGCUGAGCGACUGGGCUUUAAACGUGAAGAAGCGCUGAGCAUCGCGUCCGUGUAUACCGAAAUGAACGCAGUAACCAAAGGCGUCUCCAUUGGCAUAUAUGGACAGAGCAAGAAGAGCGAAAUACCUGAACCAAGCAAGGGAGGCAUGCAGCCGUACGUGGAGCUCAUGGGCAGGAGUCCACUCUACCAAACCGCGUCCAACGCGUGGCUCGGCAUGGCAGCCAACAAACCCACCCCUCCAAGCUCUGCAUACUCCUACAUCACCCGCUCCCUCCGCCAAACCGCGCCGCACGUCCUCGGCGCUAUGCGCCUGUUAGCCGAGAGCUACGAACCCGACGAACUGAACAGGAAAGGCUUCGGCCUGUACUGCGAGUUCAGACCCGAAGUCGGCGGGUGGGGCGAGAGAGGCGAGGUCAAAUGCGAGACUAUCUUGCAGCUGAGGAAGAAGAAGCAGGAGGACCCGAGUGGCGGGGUCAAGUUGGAAGAAGGAGAGACGGACCGUGAAGCCCUGUCAUCAUCGACCACUGAAGCAGGGCCUCCCGUCAAGCAAGAGCCUGAGGCAAACCAAAUAGCCCCCAAAGUAGAAGUACCACAGGCGAAGCCUCUCGAUGCCAGGGCGUCAGAACCGCCAGAUGAAUUUGCAGACCCAGAGUAUGACGCUAUUGACUUCAGUGCGCUCGAGAUACCCUAG